AUGGCUGGCCCGGACCGCAAACGGAAUGGAGGGAAGUUGCCUGAAAGUUGCACGCCUUCAGCCAUGUCUUGCGCAUCAACGGGCUCGCAGGUAGAAGAGCACUGCCAUUUAUCUCAAACGCUGGACGCAUUGUCCGACCAGGACGUCACAACGCCGCGGCGUGCAGAACCAGAGGUGGCGACCCAAGCAAAACCCGACGCAAAGCUUAUGCUGCCCGUCGGAAAACGGGGAUCAUCUGUGGCUUGGUGUGACAUUCAAGACGAGGAGACGCUCGUCGACAACAACUGGCUUCCCAGCCAUUUGGAGCCGAAACAGACAAAGGCGGCAGAGACGGCCGAAGUCAAGAACAGCUUCGGCAAAAAGCAAAAGCCGCAAAAGAAAGUUCGAGAUGUGAGCUCGCGUGUGGAAAGAGAGGCGAAGACGCCGGAUGCUGGAUAUGCCCGCCAGCAAAUGCCAGUACACCCAGCGUCACCGGCUGGGGCUGAUAGCUCUUCCCAGGUGGUGACUCUUGGAGACCUCGGCCUACAUUGUACAGCUUGGAACCAGGCGGCUCACGGGAUGCUACCGGACCUUCGGGGCCCGCCGAGCGGACCGGAGGUUCCAUGGAUGCCCGGGCAAGGAAAGGGCGCUUUGCCACCGCCCAGCGUGAUGAGCACAGCCCCGAUCGACAGCGGUCGACACCCGGUCUUGUUGCCACAAGCGGCCUUGGGCACAUCUCCAGCAGCUGCAGCCGCUGCGCUCCCGCCCCGCUUUGGCGAUGCAUCAACUCGAUUCUGUCCAGGUGCUUCACCGACAGUUCAAUUCGGCAACGCCUCGAUCAGGUUUAUACCUGCAGGCUCUCCAAUGGCAAAUCCACUUGCAGCAGCGACCCCCACCGCAUGCUACGACGCGUCGUGCAGAACACCAGUGAACACGCCCAUGGCUCCAGCAAACACACCCAUGGCUUGCCACAUGUCGUGGCCAGAUGCCAACAAACAGGCCAAGGAGACCCGCGCUCAGAAUCCUUGCCUGCCACAGUUCAACACUGGCGGAUCUAUGACCUGUCCAGGAAUGUCGCCGACAGCGACGGCAGGCCCAUGGAGUCCCGUCGCAGCACCAGCUGAUGCACUUCGCGUAUUUCUCGGCCAGAAUCAUGUAACAGGUGCCGAGCUCGCGGCUCGCCUCCAGGCAGCUGCUCCUGACAGCUAUGAGGAUUGA